AGGCAUACAAUUCAUAAAACACCCACUGACACCGCCACCAGUCUAGACCACCUCAACUCCGGCAGGACCAGGAUCGAGUGGCUCAGCCAGCUCAACACUGAGUACACACCUGCACGGGAGUACCGAAGAACCUCCAUCAUCUGCACCAUCGGUCCCAAGACAAACUCCGCCGAGAAGAUCAACGCCCUCCGCAAAGUUGGUCUCAAUGUCGUUCGCAUGAACUUCUCCCACGGCUCCUACGAGUACCACCAGUCCGUCAUCGACAACGCGCGCGAGGCCGAGAGAACACAACCCGGCAGGCCUGUGGCUAUUGCCCUCGACACCAAGGGCCCCGAGAUCCGAACUGGUAACACAGUCGGAGAUGCCGAUAUUCCCAUCAAGGCUGGCUCCAUCAUCAACAUCACCACUGAUGAGCAAUAUGCCACUGCUUGCGACGACAAGAACAUGUACGUCGACUACAAGAACAUUACCAAGGUCAUCGCACCUGGCCGCACAAUCUACGUCGACGACGGUGUCCUCUCAUUUGAGGUCAUUGAGGUCACAGACGACAAGACACUCAAGUGCAAGUGCGUCAACAACGGCAAGAUCUCGUCCAGGAAGGGUGUAAACCUGCCCAAGACCGACAUUGACCUUCCCCCGCUAUCUGAGAAGGACAAGGCCGAUCUCAAGUUCGGUGUCAAGAACAAGGUCGACAUGGUCUUCGCCUCGUUCAUCCGCCGUGGAAGCGACAUCACUGCUAUCCGCGAGGUGCUCGGCGAGGAGGGCAAGGACAUCCAGAUCAUUGCCAAGGUUGAGAACCAGCAAGGUGUAAACAACUUCGACGAGAUUCUGAGGGAGACUGACGGUGUCAUGGUCGCUCGUGGUGACCUUGGUAUCGAGAUCCCACCCAGCCAGGUCUUCAUCGCUCAGAAGAUGAUGAUCACCAAGUGCAACAUUGCCGGCAAGCCCGUCAUUUGCGCAACUCAGAUGCUCGAGUCCAUGACCUACAACCCACGUCCAACCCGCGCUGAAGUCAGCGACGUCGGUAACGCUGUUCUCGACGGUGCUGACUGUGUCAUGUUGUCUGGAGAGACAGCAAAGGGUGACUACCCCGUAGAGGCUGUCACCAUGAUGCACGAGACUUGCCUGCUCGCAGAGGUCGCUAUCCCAUACGUCAACGCUUUUGACGAGCUAAGGAAGCUGGCUCCCGUCCCAUGCCCUACCACUGAGACGUGCGCUAUGGCAGCUGUCAGUGCCAGUCUCGAGCAGAACGCCGGUGCCAUCUUGGUCCUGACAACAAGUGGUACCACCGCCCGCCUUGUCUCCAAGUACCGCCCCGUUUGCCCCAUCAUCAUGGUUACCCGCAACGAGAUGGCCGCUAGGUAUUCCCACUUGUACCGCGGCGUAUAUCCAUUUUACUUCCCUGAGGCGAAGCCAGACUUCAAGACUGAACCAUGGCAGGAGGAUGUUGACCGCCGUUUGAAGUGGGGAAUCAUGAACGCCAUCAAGCUCGGUGUUCUCAACAAGGGCGAUCCAGUCAUUUGCGUACAAGGCUGGAGAGGAGUAAAUCACGAUGGGGAAGCAUCGGUGCUACCGCGCCGUUCACUCUCCAAUCCCCAAUCACUCUUCUCAUCCUCCCCCGUCACUCCCGCCGCAAAGAUACCGACGCCUAAACCCAGCCAGAAGCAGAUGUCGCUCAAGCGGAAGCGCCAUGACCCCAAGCCGAUAUGGGCCUAUCGUGAAGGCGAAGAACUCCCGCCUGAGCUCAAGCAGCUGCAAGAGCAACAACGCCAACAAUCACGUCCGCCUCCACCUGUCAUAGCCCAGCCGCAGCCGCAUGCGCAAGCUAUACCGUCGCAUCACCCGCCGCCUCGACCUCAACCUUCACCCAACGCCGAGCGCAACGGACACGCGCCGAGCGAAACCGGCGCGCCUCCCCCAGCAGUCGGUGUUCCCGGACUCACAGGCUUCGAGCGACCCAUCUCAGACGAUGCGCAAAUCUACGAUGACGUCUCGCGCAACGUAUGCGACUUCAUAUGGAACACGGCUGUCAACAACGAAACAGUGCGCAACGCCAUCGUGGAUCCAAAGGUGCAGCUCGAGGUCGAAGCACGCUGGGGUCAGAUCCUAGAGAAAACGACGAACCAGCGAAUACGCGGCUUCUGGCGCACCGAAACCGUCAUAAACACCGAGAUGCUAGAAGUCAAGUUCGAGAGCACUAUGACUGUUCAACAACAUAAGCGUAUGAACAUGUACCUCAACACGCAGGUCCAACAUUCCAAGACAUCUGGAAGUCCACGUCCCACGAUCGACUAUAGACAUACCUACGAGACGGACAUUUUUUAUGAGCUCGACCAGGACGGCUUUUCCAAGUUGAACCCUAUAGUCCAGCGCCUCAUUAGCGCAUCUGGAAGCCGGCAGAAAGUCCGUGUGACGCGCGAUAUGAAGACGGGCGAGUUCCUACGAGCCAUCAUAAAACACCGAAUAGGCAACCUCGAAGUCAGCUCUCCCAAGACGGAGUGGGACUACCGCAUCGGCAUCAACCUCGAAAUCGACUUUCCGGGUCCAAUCGAGAGCCUCAAGCCCGCUCUGGAAGGAGGAAAGACACUGGAGAGUAUGCAGCGGCAAAAGGAUCGCAUGUCGUACUCGUGGCUGGGCGCGUACCAAGUCGAUCUGACCCAGGUCACGCAGGGAACCAGCAAGAACCACGAGCUAGAGCUCGAACUGGACUCUGGUAUUCUCAUCGCAGAGGCGGACAAAGUGAGGCGGAAGGAGGUGACCAAGUUUGAGAGCUUGAUCAACGGUAUGAUGAAUAAUCUGCGGGUUCUGUCGCGUGAAAUCACGCCUCCUGUUCCCGCCCGCAGGCGCCACAGCGCAGCUCUAUACGCUUCUACCCACUUCCGCAGCAACAGCUCCCACUCUCACCAUAACCGCCGACGGCCAUUCAACAACACCAGGCCACACGUCGCCCCCGCCAGAAACAACACAAUGGUUGGCCUCACGUCCGCCGCCGGUGUCGUCGGCUUCCUCUCGGAGCCAGACCCGGCCCUGCGCUCAUUCGCCCUCCAGCGGCUGAACGAGGAGAUUGACCUGCUGUGGCCAGAGGUCGCGGGCUCUGUCAGUCAGAUUGAGGCUCUCUACGAAGACGACUCGUUUCCCGAGCGAGAGCUUGCCGCUCUAGUAGCCGCAAAGGUGUACUACCAGCUGCAAGAGUACAAUGAGAGCAUGGUCUUCGCACUGGGUGCCGGCAAGCUCUUCGAUAUCCACAAGGCCGCCGAGUUCGAGGAGACAAUACUGGCAAAGUGCUUAGAUACCUACAUCGCGCUGUCUGUCAUGCACAACCCACCUACACCGGUCAGCAAGGCGAGCCAGGCCCCGCUGCAACUCAGCACAUCGUUCUCUGCGAGUGCAGCAGGAGGUGCCAGCACUUCAGCUAGUCUGGCCUCUCCGAUAACGCCCUUCUCACAGUCCGCGCUACCCUCCAAGUCACUUCUCUCUAGGGAAGAUUCGUCGACAUUCGAUCCUACUCUCCCAGGAGGAGGUAAUGCUGGCGUACCUGGAGCACAUCCCACCCCGAUGGUGUUACAGCGAAAUGUCCAGAAGAACCUCCACGACACUGUGCGACGAAUAUUCGAGAGCUGCUACCAAAGCGGCAACUACAAGCAGGUCGUAGGAAUCGCCAUUGAGGCACGGAAUCUUGAAGUUUUGAAGGAGUCAAUCAUCCGCGCGAGCCAAGAUGGAAAGAAGCAGGGCAAGAAGCCUGCACAGCCUUCUGCACAGAGCGAGGAUUUGAUGGAAUACGUCCUGGACAUCUGCAUGAAUGUGGUGCAAGAGCGAGGCCUGAGGAACGAGAUUCUCCGCCUGAUCUUGGAUCUCCUCAACGAUCACCAAAUCCCGAAUCCCGAUUACUUCUCUAUUGCCAAAUGUGUAGUGUACCUCAACCAGCACUCACUCGCUUCAAAGCUCAUCCGACAGCUGAUCGAGCGCGGCGACGACAAGUCUCGCGCAGUCGCAUACCAGAUCUCGUUCGACCUGUACGAGAAUGGCACACAAGAGUUCCUCACAAAGGUCAUGGAGGAGCUGCCAGAAGCCGAGAACGAGGAGCAAAAACCUACGGAAGCAGGCAAAUCAGACUCUCUGCUCGCAGACGUGGACACUAGCAACUCGAAGGGCGACCAGCCGAGUGAAGAUCAGAUCAAGGUCUUCAACAAUGUUCGCUACAUCCUUCGCGGAACCAAGAGCAUUGAACUGAACCUUGAAUUCCUUUACAGAAACAACCGUACAGACAAAGCCGUGCUGAACAAGGUCCGCGACAGCUUGGAGGCCAGGAACUCCAUAUUCCAUUCCAGUGUCACAUUUGCGAACGCCUUCAUGAAUGCUGGCACUACUAAUGACACAUUCUUCCGCGAGAACCUGGAAUGGUUAGGAAAGGCAGUGAACUGGUCCAAGUUCUCCGCAACCGCUGCUCUGGGUGUCAUCCACCGCGGCAACAUCACACAAGGCCAGAAGCUUCUUGAGCCUUAUCUUCCCAAGGACAGCGUUUCGUCAGGCUCUCAUUAUGAGCAGGGUGGAUCAUUGUACGCUCUUGGUUUGAUCUACGCCAAUCACGGAAGCAAUGUUCUUGAUCUGCUACUCAAGCAGUUCCAGAAUGCAUCUGAGGAGGUCAUCCAGCAUGGCGGUGCGCUCGGUCUUGGUGUCGCUGGUAUGGCCACUGGCUCCGAGGAGAUCUUCGAGGCGUUCAAGAACGUUCUAUACACAGACUCGGCCAUCAACGGUGAGGCUGUCGGUCUCUCAAUGGGUCUCGUCAUGCUCGGCACUGGUAACAUCAAGGCACUCGAAGACAUGAUCCAGUAUGCGCAUGACACCCAACACGAGAAGAUUGUUCGUGGUCUUGCCAUGGGUAUGGCACUUAUCAUGUACGGUCGACAAGAGGCUGCCGAUGAGCUCAUCAACGGGCUCCUUGACGACCCAGACCCGACUCUGCGCUACGGAGGUAUCAUGACCAUCGCUUUGGCGUACUGUGGUACAGGUAGCAACAAGGCCGUCCGGAGGUUACUCCACGUUGCGGUUAGUGAUGUAAGCGACGACGUACGAAGAGUUGCAGUCAUGAGCUUGGGCUUCAUCCUCUUCAGGAAGCCAGGCAGUGUACCCCGCAUGGUCGAGCUUCUCGCAGAGUCGUACAACCCACAUGUGCGCUACGGAGCCACCAUGGCUCUUGGUAUUGCAUGUGCCGGAACUGGCCUUCCCGAGGCUGUAGAUCUGUUGGAGCCCAUGAUGAAGGACUCAACCGACUUCGUCCGACAAGGCGCUUUGAUUGCGUUGGCCAUGAUCAUGGUGCAACAAAAUGAGGCGAUGAACCCCAAGGUAGCGUCUAUCCGAAAGCAGCUUGCCAAGGUUGUCAGCGACCGCCAUGAGGAUGCUUUGGCCAAGUUGGGUGCUGCUCUAGCUAUCGGUAUCAUUGACGCUGGAGGCCGGAAUUGCACAAUCGGCCUGCAGACGCCGACUGGUAACUUGAACAUGGCCGCUAUUGUCGGCAUGGCUGUCUUCACGCAGUACUGGUACUGGUUCCCUUUGACUCACUUCUUGUCAUUGAGCUUCACAUCUACUGCAGUCAUUGGUCUAGACCAGGAGCUGGAGAUUCCGUCGUUCAAGUUCCACAGCAACACGAGGCCAAGCACGUUCGAUUACCCACCAGAUGCAGAGGUCAAGGCUGAAGAGGCGCCCGAGAAGAUCAAGACCGCCGUUUUGUCCACAACCGCUCAAGAUAAGCGACGACGAAUGGUGAAGGAGCGCCAAAAGCGGAGGGAAAGCAUGGACGUGGAUCAUACUCCUACCACACCUAAGCCUGCAGACGACGAUAAGAUGGACGUCGACGAGGAUCCUAAGAAGGAAGAUGGUGAGAAGGCCGAUGGUACCCAAUCCGUGGAGCCAGCGAAGAAGAAGGAGAAGGAGAAGGUUGGCUAUGAACUGGAGAACAUGUCGCGUGUACUGCCGCCACAAGUGAAGUACAUCAGCUUCCCAAGCGAACGAUAUGUACCAGUGAAGAAGCCAACUCUCGGUGUCAUUCUUCUCACAGACACCAAGCCUUCAGAACCAAAGACGCUCCUGGAGCUCAAGGUAAAGAAGGCCGUGCCUGCCCCUGCCCCUGGCGCGUCGGGUUCCUCGGGAGAUCAAGGUCCAGAAGGCGUAUCAGUAACAACUGCUGCAGCGCCGGUCAGCGACAACAUGGUGGAUGAGGGUGAGGCCGAAGCGUCGACGCCGGGUGAGUUUGUCUACGAAUCGGACACGAACCCAGACGACGACGAAUAG